UCUGGCAUUUUUCCAUCUUUCUACAGGAAGGACAAUGUGAAGACCAUGGCAGACAGAGUCCUGCUCAUGCGUGCUCAGCUGAAGGAAAAACUCAAAGCACUCGGAACUCCAGGAACCUGGGAGCACAUCACUGAGCAGAUCGGCAUGUUCAGCUUCACCGGACUCAACCCUAAGCAGGUUGAGUACCUGGUGAAAGAGAAGCACAUUUAUCUAAUGGCGAGCGGGCGCAUCAACAUGUGUGGCCUCACCACCAAGAACAUCGACUAUGUGGCCGAGUCCAUUCAUGAGGCUGUCACUACAGUCCAAUAAGCACCUUUACCACACUUCCUGUUUGUGUGUGUGUGUCCACAGGAACAUAGACACGCGCGCGCACACACAAACAAACACACACACACA